AGGGUUUCUUGUUUGGACUCGUCCACACAAAAGGGGGGAGUCGCUGUGUAACUUGUCUUCCCCCAUCAGAAAAUAUUCCCUCCCCCAUUUUCUAAAACAUACUGGCACAGCAUCCUUGAAACGGGAUUCGCAGCUUGCCGUCCCAAUAGUGCAUCGCAGCGUGGCUUCAGCCGAGCUGCACUCGAAUGGAGGACGAACGUCGCUCUAGGGCCGUCUUGCCGCACGCCUCAACUUUCCAUUUUUAAGGGCGCUUUGCGUGUUCGCACAUCCGGAGUGCUCCCUCGUGUCACUGAGGAGAAGCCUCGCACAAGCCUCGCUCAAGGGUGUUCGUCCCACGACCUGCCAGCCACCGUGCUCAAACAAGUGUGUGCGUGCGUGUAUGUGUGUGAGUGCGUGCGUCCGCGUUGGUUUCUUCCUUCGUAUAACAAUGACAUUGCCACGGAGAGUACGUAAUUGCCACAAAAGCGGAAGGCACAGUUGUUCCAAAAUUAUUAAAUUAAUUUCACUCUGAUCUGCUCCACGGAAGGCGUCAAAGGCGCUUUCUGAAAGUUAACAUACGAUGAUGGGACGGGCAUUAGUCCCGACACUGCUGGUCGUGGCAUGCAUGCUUUGUGUAAGCAUGGCCUGCAAUGAAGCCAUCUGCGGCUCCAUAGUGAGCAAAUGUAUGCUCACCCAGUCGUGCAAAUGUGACAAGCUCAACAUCACAUGCAGCAAAGAUUGUUUCUACUGCUUGGACUACUUGUACACAGAGUGCUGCUCUUGUGUUGAAAUGUGUCCAAGGACCAACGAGACCAUACCUCCAAGUCGCAAAUCGAACAUUGAAGAUUUGCCUGACCCAACACAUGGACUGUUUGCCCUCCUUACAGAGGAGGCUGAUCGGUCUCUUAGGUGGCGAUCCUAUACUUUUCCAGUGAGAGUUGCACUGUACAGUCCUGUGCAUGAAAAGGACAUCCAGUUCAAAGCUGUGGUGUCAAAUAGCAAUGUGUCUCAGUCAAGUGAGGAGGAAGUGGAUGUUCAAGUCAACUGUACUGUGGCAUUCAUGUCUCAGUGCAUGUCACUGAACAAGUGCCGUGAGUCCUGUCUUUCGAUGGGAGCGUCAAGCUACAGGUGGUUCCAUGAUUCGUGUUGUCAGUGUGUUGGCAGCAUGUGUCUUAAUUAUGGAAUAAAUGAAAGCAGGUGUCUUCAGUGCCCAUACCCUAAAGAGCUGACUGACUUUGAGCAAGACCACGAUGAGGAACUUCCUAUCGAUGACCCUGAACGACAUGCUUACCAUCAUGUUGACUAUUCCGACAAGUAUUACAGUAGCCACAGUAAAGAAAAGGAUGAUGACAAAGCAAAUGCUGUGGACUCUCCUGUUGAGGACUCUACAUGAAGUGGUUCCUAAGCAAGGUUCACUCCGCAGUCCCUGCUAGCUCCUAGGCCGUCAUUGGUCCGUCGUGCCAAUCAUUACAUCCUGGGAAGAAAGUGAGUGCUAUAGUCAGUGUACAUAAACAAAGGGACUUAGGAACCUUUCCUAUUGUGUGCAAAGCACCACCUGCAUCCUUCAACCUCGUGUGCACAGAGCAGCAAGGAUGAAGCCAACAGCCACUAGCUUUUUGUUCCUGCCUGAGUUAGCUGCACCAAUGUAAUGUAGUAGCCUAAUAUAUUCGAAAAGACUGUGCCUGUAACUAGAGUUUCCCAAGAGUACCUCCCCUGUGUGUCGAACACAUAAAUAAGGUUACUGAAAAUGUUGCAUCUCAGUGGUACUUUGUUUCUUAUGCCUGAGUGGUAAGUUAUGACUCUGUAUAUGUUUGGAAUGGCAGUUAAAAUGUUGAAUAUUAUCCACCCUACUGCACACAAAGGCAAAUGUUGCAGUUAAGGUGUACAUGCAAACGUCUGUUAGAAAAAUGUAGAAUACAAGCAAACAGUGUGCAGGGCACCAUGAUGUUAAUGUGCUAGCUUUUGUAAUCUCGCCAUGUAUAUACUAAUGUACAUUUGAGGAAAAUUUUCAUGUACAGAACAAGAAGCAGUCAAACUUGCUUCAGAAGUACUACAUCAUGCUUCAUAAUGUUCUGGUCACUAUGUAAAUAUGCAGUAAUUAAAACAAGCAACACGUUUAACUGCCUACCCUUACAACAAAGGUGUAGCACACAUUUCAUGUGAAAAGUCGUAUGCUGCCUUUGAAUGUGUUGUCCUGUACAUACAACUUUGAAUGCAUUUAAGUGUACUUCAGUCAUUGACUGGAACAAUGCUCAUUGUCUUUGUUGAAAUAUUUGUCUCGUUGGUGUAUCAUGCACUUUAACAUGAAGCUGGGAAGUGUCACAAUGUAGGAGAGGGUGGGAAAAAAGCAUGUACCUGAUAUUGGUAACUAUUCACUCUUCAUCAGUGGAUGCAAGGCAGUAUUUGUAUUACUGCAUAGUAUUUAUUUAAAAUGAGCUUUCUGUGGACAUGCUCUAUGCUCUGCUGAUCAAUUAAUAUUUUUGGAAGUUGUCAUCUUGUCUUUUUUUUUUUUUUUUUACUAGCUGGACUUCCAAGUGCCAUGCACCAGUGUUGGGUGAUCAAAUGUGACAAAUCGUGUUUUUGUUUUUCAGUCAUUUCUAUUGUUUCCUGAUUGGGCAACAGCUCAAGGCUUGCUGCCUGGGCAUCACCCUGUACUCAGGGUGCAUCAUAGCCAUUUGCAUCAAUAACUAGCUAGUAUCUUCAGUGCCAGCCUACAAUAUUGAAAAUUUGGGUGCCAUCAGCAAAAAAUCACUAGCCAUGUGCCAGUAUACAGAUUUCUAUAAAUCUUAAUUUAAUUUGUGUGAUACUCAGUAUUUUCUAAUUAUUGCACAUAACACAUUGUUUUUUCUUUAAUGCACAAUUUUUUUUAAACACUUCUGCACAGCAUCAUAAACUAACAAAAGCUCAACCUAAAUUUGAACUACAGCCAUACUAAUGUCAAGAUUCUCUAUGUUCACUGGUCACAUAAAUUUCCCAAAGUCCAUAGUUUUGCCUGCCCAUGGGUUGCGUAGCUCCCCAAAGACGCUUCGCUUCUUGAGACAAGUUGUGACUAAACUACAUCAGUAUUUGAAAUUAUUGCAUAAAGAGGGUUAUUCUAUUUAUGAAUGUUUUGUACAAGAAAUUCAGUGUACCCACAAGGCUAGAUGUCACUGUGUUCUCAAGGACUUGCAGAUUUUGUUGUUCCCACAUACCUAUAUCCAGAAGUGGCAAGACCAGUUUAAUUACAUCAUAUUUUGUUGUGCUGUCAUGUUCUGAAGCUAAUACGCUUCAGUUCCGAUCCAAUUUUCUGCCACUCCGAUGGCUAACGGACGCCCAAAGAUUUACUUCCUGUAAAAGACUGUACACAAAGCAGCUCACUGCACCCCAUCACCUCUGUUGGCCAAAGUCCACCGAACCAAGAUCUAUUUGUUUCUUGUUCAUGUACCUCAAAUGCAGGGUGCCAACUGCAAACUUCAUAAGAGAUAAGUACCUUGCAAGGAAUGUGAAAGAUCUGGUUCUCUCUUCCACCAUCAUAAAGAUAAGAGUUCCCCCCAGCCUUUUUUUUCUUCUUCUUCUUUAUGUAUCUAUAUAUAUGGCUCACCUGAGAGUGCUUUGAGACAACUUUUGAACUGAAAUCCCCCAGCUUAGUUAAUAUUUCCUUCAGUCAUUUGAAUUCUUGCUGGACAAGGCUUAUAUAUAAAAAAAAGAACACAGAGGAAGCGGGAAGGCAAAACGUCAAAUGAGACCACCUGAUUGCCUUUUGAACAUAAGUAACAAUGUUACGUAUGUGUGCCCAUGUUCUGGUUAUCACAAGCACUGGAAAUCUAGUUUGUUUUGAAGUCAAAAUAAAAUGUGCUGUUUGCAUGUGGAGAGUAUUAUGGUGGCAAAGAGGCUAGGCCACCCAUACAGUUUUCUACAAAAACCCAAUAGGACAUUCUGACUGUCUUGAAGAUCGAGCAGGUUUAUUUGGACUGCACUAGCUAUGAAAGGUACAUUGCUGUGGCUUCCUAGACAUAAUAUUGUAAAUUAAUUGUCUCAUCUUCAUAAAAUGUUUACAACACUUGAAAGGCUGAACUGUAUUCAUUCAUUUGAGAGGUUUAUUAUGUGCUUCAUUCUCUCCCUCUUUUUCUGUUGUUUUUCUUUAUUUUGUUUACCGGUACUUUAUUACCGGAGUCAUUUUUUUUCUAUUACCGGUACUACAUCAAUGUGCUAGUCCUGCGAUUUGCAUUAUGAGGCAUGUCAUUUCCAUUAUACAUUUGCAUUGUGUACACAAUAGAUUAUUAAACCAUUUCUGAGCAGCAUUUUCCUUUCCUAAUAUGCAGAGCCUUUCUUUUGUCCUGUGCAUUUUGAUCUCCAUAAUUAAUAACCUUGAUGUUCCUCAAGAUUUUCACGUUGAUAUGCUGUGUAUCCAAACACAGCUGUGCAGUCGACUUCUCAUAUUUUUGCAAGAAUGUAAGCAGUGUAAAUUAUGAUUAAUAAAGCUUAUUAAGUACAA